AUGCCACCAAAAUUCAACCCGAGUCCACCAGCAACGAUAGAGUCGCUGCCCGUGGAGAUCAUCCAGAUGAUAUAUGUAUGUGCGUUGGAGCCCAACCUUGCUCGGGCAUCCCCUCUUAUUGCCAAAGCGGUAUCCGAGAAGAUGUUCUAUGAUAUCUUCUUGAUGCAUGCAUUCUGGUAUGAUCCUCACGGUAUUAUUACUACUGGAUCUCAGUCGUCCUCCACGCAGGGGGAACAGAUGGCUGUAAAUGCACGAUCCGAUCCUGGUGCUUUGCCAGAUUGGUACCAACAACUCUCCUUCGAUGAACAACGUCGACUGCAAGCCCAGGUGACCAACUGCCGCUGGUUCACUCCGAGUCGAUUCCAGGAAGCCAUUCAGAGCUUGUUUCAGUGGACAUACCGAUCUGUCACCUGCCAUUCAAUUAACCUGGAUGCCAGACCCCUAUCAACUCCGGCAACUGUUGUUCAAUUUUGGCGGGAGUCAAUUUGGCACGUGCGCCCUCUCCCAGGGCAGGGCGAGCCCCAUACAAUGCUAGGCCAUGAAAAACUCCUUCGAAUACCGCUAAUCCGUCUCUUCAAUAUCCCUACCAAGAUCCUUCGCGGCCCUUGGGAUAAAGACCGGAUCGACCUGCUGAGAACUCUCCAUUUGGAGCUGCUCAGGCUGCUUUGGUGGCGUUGCACGAGGAGUGUUGCCGAGCAGCCGCAGUUGCCCCGGCCAACUUUGGACAAAGAUGAAUGCUUCCAAGGCAUGGAAGACGCCAUCAUUGAGCAGCAGGAAACCGCGCUUCUUCACCUCCUUCGGUUUUUCGAACUUUUGGGAUCCACCCAUGACCAGGCCGGCCAAACCUACCGCCCUGUACUUCCGGAGAGCCUCUAUCGCAGCGCCAUCCUGCACCACCCAGCCGAUUCCACCUUCCUGUUGCCACUCAUUGAAGCUAGUGCAACCUCCUUGCCGGACAUACCAGAGGUCCACUGCUGGGCAGCCGCCGCUCGCGAUCGUGGCGACCCUUUAGGUGUGAGCGUACCGGAAAUUUUGGAGUUAAAUCACCUGCGAAAAGAGACCUCCUUGAACUACUGCCAGCGUAUUUUGGGCCACAUACUGGUAAAGCUGGUGCAUCUACUUGGAAGCCUAGGCGACCGCUGGCGCCAAAGAAGUCGUUCGUGA